GGGGCAGCACAGCCGUGGGAAUAACCGGGAAUAAACGGGAAUAAACAGGAAUAAACGGGAAUAAACAGAAAUAAACAGGAAUAACCAGGAAUAAACGGGAAUAAACUUCAACAUGUCGCACGCCAAGCCCUCUCCGGCGCAGGAGAUCUCGGAGAGCCAGAGAAGAUCCGUGGCUGAUUCCACAGAGAACUGCUUCGAUCCUGAGCUGCAUCCCCGUUUCCCCCGGCGACAGGCCCAGGCGGACAGGCUCCUCGUCGGGGCCCAGCACCCCGAGCUGGGCCCCGCGCCCACACCUUCACCCGAAGACUCGGCCCAUCGUUACUGCAGCUUCACGCCCAAGUGCUUCCUCGCCGUCCACAGAGGAACUCACGGGAACUCCAUCCGCUCGGCUUCCACUCAGUUCGGGGAGGAGGGAUGGCACGAGGGAACGUCCAAGACCACGAUCCGAGCUGAGAACGAGGUGGAGGCGCACAGGGAGGCCAACAACUACAAGUUUGGCUUCAGAAAAUGGAAAGGCUACGUAACGGAGAGGCCGUUCCAGAACAGAUCCCAGAUCAUCAAGGAGCUCUACGCCGAUCUCAGCUUUGUUAAGCGACAAGAAGGCUCAGUGCUCACCGUGGGGAACGUAGCUUAUGUGUUUUUAUUUGGCUGGUGGCUCUCGCUGGUCUACGUCCUCAUGUCUCUUGUAAUGUUUGUAACGGUGCUCGGAGCUCCUUAUGGAAAGCUGUGUUUGAAGAUGGCGUUGUUCUUAAUCUGGCCAUUUGGAAGGUUUAUAGAGAAGGCCGGUGACGGGGUCAGCAGAGCCAACAGGAAGCUGACUAACUGUGAGCGGGUCCCGUCUGAGAGGGAUUACUACGAGGAUCCCGGGGAUAAGGACUGUGCUCCCCUGCUGGUGUCGUCACCGCUGCCCAUCGACAUUCCUGUUCCCACUCUGCUGGAUAAAGGAUCCACUCACUGGUGGCGCGUCAGUACGUUCGUGUGGCUGCUGCUGGGCUACCCGGUGCUGGCCGUGGUCCACUCCCUGGCCUGCGUGCUCUCCUGGCUGCCCGUCUUCACCAUCCCCGUGGCCAAGAUGAACUUCCGUAUCCUGCACAGCGUCCUGCUCAUGGCGCCGGAGGACGUCCACAUCCACCGGCCGGAAAAGACGUUUGCGGGCGAGGCCAGAGUCACCUUAUGCUGUUACCGAGCUUUCAACAUGCAUUACUACAAGUACACUAUCCAAGGAGUCAACAUCUUUGCUCUCAAUCUGCUGCCGGUGGUCGUCAUCACUCUGAUCGUGGGUUAUUCCGACCGCGACCACAACUGCUUCAGCGCAGAGACCAUGUUUUCCAUGGCCAUCAUUUCCAUCAUCCCCCUCUCCUACUAUAUUGGCAUGGGAAUAGCCAGCAUUUCUGCACAGAGUAACUUUGCAGUGGGAGCAGUGGUGAACGCAACGUUCGGCUCCAUCACGGAGAUGACGUUCUACAUCACGGCGCUGGUCCGGGGCCACCGGGCCGCCAGCAAGUGUUACGAAGAGAUCGUUAAAUCCGCUCUCACGGGAACGCUGCUGGGAUGCAUCUUGUUCAUCCCUGGAAUCUGCAUGACGGUCGGGGGCAUCAAACACAGCGAGCAGCGGUUCAACAGCCGAUCAGCUGGAGUGAGCUCAGCUCUGCUCUUUGUCUCUAUUGGUGGAGUGUUUGCACCCACGCUCUUCUCCAAGAUCUUUGGUAAUCUGGUGUGUGAGAGCUGCUCUAACGUCCCGGGCAACGCCAGCGUGACCUUCGUCUGCAAGGACUGUCACUACGACGUGCAAACUCAAGGAGACCCACAUUUGAUCAUGUCCCAUAUUGAGCCGUUGGUGUACACGAUCUCUGUCCUGCUGCCGGCCUCGUACCUGAUCGGCCUGAUCUUCACCCUGAAGACGCACUCCCACAUUUACGACAUCCACAUCAGCGACGGCCACGGGGGCAACGCUCACGGUCAUCCUGUGGUGCACUGGUCCCGCUGGAGAGCUCUGGCCGUGCUGCUGGUUGCCACGGCGCUCAUGGCCUGCUGUGCUGAUCUGUGCACGGAGAACAUCGAGCCCAUCCUGAUCCACUCCUCCAUGUCCCAGUACUUCAUCGGUGUGACGGUGCUGGCCAUGGUACCAGAGCUUCCUGAGAUCGUUAACGGGAUCCAGUUUGCUCUGCAGAACAACAUCAGUCUGAGCCUGGAAGUGGGUAGUUGUAUCGCUGUGCAAGUCUCAAUGAUCCAGAUCCCACUGCUCAUUCUCUUCAAUGCUUUCUACGACGUCGGCUUCAUCCUCAUAUUCAGCGAUAUUCAUCUCUGGGCCAGCAUCUUCAGUGUCAUCCUGGUCAACUACAUCUUCAUGGAUGGAAAAUGUGACUACUUUCAGGGGACGGCUCUCGUGGUGGUUUACCUCAUCAUUUUGGCCCUUUACUUCUUCGCUCCCUCUCCACGCUCGUGUUAAUGUGCAUCCUCCUGAAUCCUGCGCCACCAAGCACGCACUAGAAGACACUUUUAAGGGGGUUCAGAAGUGUAUUAUGGUAAAAGAACUGAGUUUUGAAAUGGCUGCUGUUCUAUUUAAAAAAGAUAACCUGCAGAUUUGAGCGCUUGGACAUUUUUUUUUCCAGUUGUAAACGUUUUUGCCGUUGCAUGUAAAUGAAUU